AUGACCGUAGGAGAAGAUUUGGGGAAGGUUCACGCAAUCGAUAUUGACGCGGGACGUGUUCGGGUGUCGAUAGACGGGUUCAAGCCUCUGGCUUUUGAGUCGGUUGUAGAAAUUGAGUCGGGUAUCGAAUUUCCGGUUACACUUCGGUACGAGCGACUCUUCGGGUACUAUCGCCUCUGUUCAAGUUUGUGUCAUGAUGAGGAUUACUGCGGAUUGGUUAUAAAUGAGGUAGCUGUGCGCCCUCCCUCGUCUUCUCGGGAUGAAGGGGACAAAAGGAGUCAAAGGUAUAGAGGUGCGGUCGGGGCGUAUAGGAGACGUGGGUCUGACCAUGAGGGUAAACAGCGGGAGCCGAGUAGAGGAAGGGAGAGUGGUGCUGAGUCCCGAGGCGAGGGUGGUCAGAGACAUCACGGGAACAACCAUGAACAUCGAAGCCGGUCUGGUCUUUUUCGCGGUGAACCAUCAAACCGGACCCGGAGGUACACUAGUUAUGCGGCCCUUAAUGCCCAUCGUAGAACAGAGAUUGAUGUGGUGACAGGGGAGAUAGGCAUUGUGGAGCCACAUGAGAGGCAUGCGGUUGAUCCUCAAUCUAAGAAGGUGAGGAAGGCUUUUUUCCAUGAAACGGUGACGAAUGCGGGUGUUGAGGAGGAGGAAGGAUUGAGUGGGCUGGCGGCUGUGGAGGAAAAGGAAGAAGUUCGGGUCCAGACGGGUGCAGCUGCAGAGGAGAACCAACCAGAAGUGGACAGUCCACAGGAGCAAGAGGAACAAAUGAUGGUGGCGACUAGUGAUGCUUUGGUUCUUUCCCUAGGAGACGUGGUGAAUCCAACUGAUGAGCAAGGGUAUGAGGAUGAUUCUGGUCAGUUAGGGGAAUGGGCAAUUGAUCCAAUGGAAACUGAGGUGUUGGAAGCGGAUAGUGGGGAAGCUUUUGUGACAUCACUUGAAGAGUUGGCUCUUGUUGCGGAUGGUGAAGACGACGAAACCAAGAAGAAGCAAGAUGUUGAGAAAGGAAGACGUGGGAAGAAUGUCGCUUUGGCUGGUGCCAGCUCAGAAAAGAGGAUUGCCAAUAUGGUUUCGACACCAAGAAAGAGAUCGGCUCCAAAGUCAACUCAAACCGAGGAGGCCGAUAACCCGAAGAACCGGGAGUUGGACAAAGGGGGUAAUGGUGGCCCUAAACCACCAAAACCAAAGGGUAAUAAAUGA